AUGUCGAACGUGACCAGGUUGUCGACCUCGAACACAGACGCCGAUGUCGCCUUGCCGCAUGCCUCGUUGUUCGCAUACUUCCGUGAGUCUGCAGCUGUUCAAAAAGCGACAGAGACCGGUAUUCUAUCCAAUGACAACAGCCAUGGUACCAACGCGCAUCAACUGCUCGAUCCGCCCACCGAUCACGACGACGACGAAGAGUCGAGACUAGGCUUUUGGGGCGAAGUGGAUGGAGCUAAGAGCCCGUCUGGAUCAUACUCAUUCAGCGAAAGCAGAUCAGCUUGGCGAGGAGCAGCCGCUUUCUGCUAUCUCUGGUGUGCGUUCUCGGUCAUUAUCCUCGGCGCCUUUGGCCUCUAUUUCACGGUCGACCUUGCCUUCAGCCACUAUGGACUGGGUACUGGGAUGGCGGAGUGGGUCAUGUUCUGCCUUGAGACUCCGAACCGCGAGGCACCCGACCCGCAGGCCUGGCACUACCUGAAAGCAGACACCGGCGAUCGUUGCACGACCGAUACCAUCGACUUCAUUCUCAACCCAAAGGAAGCAUGGAAGGUUCAGCCAAAUGCGAUUCUGCUCCUGAGGGACGAUGCGUCAGACCUGGAUGAGCAUGGACAGAUUCGGGCACCCGUUAUCUCCCAAGAAGAACCACAAACUCCUAAGCUGGGCGACGAUGUUGCAGGAGAGGGUCACUUGGGCCAAACGGUUUGA